AUGGGCGGUAUAGCCUCUGGGCUAUGUUUACUAGGCUGUCCACAUCUAGCCUUUUCCAACACCGGACCCGACAGGACAUUAGCCAUGUUAACUGCGGCUUGGCACAGGACUGCAUUACCAAAAUUGCAAGCCUUAACAGCAGUCAGAUUCUUUUCAGGGAGCCAUCAGCUUGGUGGAAAGGCUCGCACUUACGAAAGCAAGCCUGUUCCCGGUUCACUUGAUCAUAUUGACCCACUUGCAUGGGCUCAGAGACUUUUUGAUUUACACGAAAUAAGGAAAGCCUACACUUAUUUAAAUGAGUCAUCGCCGCUCUUUAUGAUAUGUAAAAUCAGGCCAAUUAAAGGGACAACGUUCUUUGAGCGCGCAUUUCUAGAGAAGUAUGGUAUUGGGCCCAAAACAAAACAACAUCAAUGGAAAGUUGUGAAAAAUACCCCACAAAUAGCAAAGGAGAUUGACCACAUUAAACAUUUAAUUAGAAUUCAGCCAAUUUCUUUCCCAGAUGGCCUACCUUUAUCCGAAGAAGAUCUGAUCAACUUCCGUUUAUUGCCGAACGGCGACUUUGUUCGUCGUGGAAGUUCACCAUUUCGUCCUGGAAAACCAUUAGAUCUUACCGAAUAUAAGAUUCUUGAGCAUCCAUGUGUCAGAGAGGAUAAGGUGCUCUGUAUUCCAGAUGCAAAAGAAAAUCCUCGAUAUUUGACGCGUGACUACCUGAAAAGUUGGCACAAUCAGCGGUGGCAACACCAUAAACUUCUUUCUGAAUUUUUCACUGCCAAGUACAAAUAUCGCCUUAAUCAAGAUGGACAGGAAUAUCGGUACAGUGGCUUAUGGCGAUUGGAUGAUGCGAUGCGUCAGUCGUUAAGUCAACGCAAGAACCUGGAUGGCACUUAUAAGACCCGGAAUAAUUCUCGCUUUGAAGCUGACUGGGGUACAUAUCCAUGGGCUUUCUACUAA